CAUAUUAUUAUAUAUAAUCUCACCAGUCAGUUCAAUCCACAAUAAAAACCCCUCCACUUGAGUUUGCAUUCCACAUUUCCUUCUCCGCCAUGGCUAUGGAUCCUGACAUUGAACAAAAGUAUGUCCAAAACGGCAAGAUCAUGGUUGCCACUGCCAUCCUUCUCUUCACACUCAUACUCAUUUUUAUCUCCGUCCGCACCUACAUCAACCUCUGCCGCCGUCGCCGCCGCCAUGACCUCCUCUUCGCGCAUCCACUUCCGACCACCGCUUCCUCCAAGGAAGAACGUCUUGACCCUUCCGUUCUCAAGUCUCUCCCCACCUUCACUCACUCCUCCGCAACCCAAGGCCACCUCCAGGACUGCUCCGUCUGCUUGUCGGAGUUCGCCGACGGCGACGAAGGCCGUUUGCUUCCGAACUGCAGCCACUCCUUCCACUCCCCUUGCAUCGACGCGUGGUUCGCCUCUCACUCCACCUGUCCCCUCUGCCGAGCCCCGGUCCAACCGGCGCCGGAAUCCUCUGCCGCUGAACCGCGCUCUGUUUCGGUUUGGGAACCCGGUGAGGGCUGCUCGUCGGUUCUUCCGGCGCCGAUUGCGUCUCCAAGAAAGCCGUUAAGUAUAAUCGUGGAGCUGCCUGGGGAGGAUAGAAUUAGAGGGUCGGAUUGGACACCCAGGAGAAAGGGGAGGUAGUUGAUUCUCUAUGUAACUCCACGUUUUUGCAUAAGAAAUUUCUAUAUGCAAUUGUAUAAUAUUCAAAAGAAACUUUGAAAGCAGUUCUAUAUUGUUAUCAAA